AUGGAGAUGAUGGAGGGAGACGUUACGGACAAACUAGAGGACAUGUCUUCGGUGUACGACUUCGACCCGAUCACCGGAAACAUCCCCGCCACCAAAGUAGAAAUCACCGUCUCCUGCAGAAAUCUGCUGGAUAAAGACACAUUCUCCAAGUCAGAUCCAUUGUGUGUGCUCUAUACUCAAGGUGUUGAGACUAAACAGUGGAGAGAGUUUGGCAGAACAGAAGUGAUAGACAACACCCUAAACCCAGACUUUGUUCGAAAGUACAUCUUGGACUACUUUUUUGAGGAGAAGCAGAACCUUCGCUUUGACUUGUAUGAUGUCGACUCCAAAAGCCCAGACCUGUCCAAACAUGACUUUUUGGGUCAGACCUUCUGUACUCUUGGGGAGAUUGUUGGAUCACCAGCCAGUCGACUGGAGAAACCUCUGGGGGGGAUCCAAGGGAAGAAAUGUGGCUCUAUCGUCCUGUCCGCAGAGGAGCUGAGCAAUUGUCGAGACAGUGCCACUAUGCAGUUCUGUGCCAACAAGCUGGACAAGAAAGACUUCUUUGGCAAGUCGGACCCUUUCAUGGUCUUCUACAGAAGCAACGAGGAUGGAACGUUUACAAUCUGCCAUAAAACUGAGGUGGUGAAGAACACAUUAAAUCCAGUGUGGCAGCCUUUCACUAUCCCAGUACGAGCGCUCUGCAAUGGAGACUACGACAGAACAAUCAAGGUGGAGGUGUACGAUUGGGAUAGGGAUGGCAGCCAUGACUUCAUUGGGGAUUUUACAACCAGCUACCGAGAGCUAGCUCGGGGGCAGAGCCAGUUCAAUGUGUAUGAGGUGAUUAAUACAAAGAAGAAAAUGAAGAAAAAGAAAUAUGUCCACUCUGGAACGGUGACCCUGCUCUCGUUCUCUGUGGAGUCAGAGUUCACGUUCUUAGAUUACAUCAAAGGAGGGACGCAGAUCAAUUUCACUGUGGCCAUCGAUUUCACAGCAUCUAAUGGUAACCCCUCCCAGUCCACUUCGCUGCACUACAUGAACCCCUACCAGCUGAACGCCUACGCCAUGGCCCUGAAGGCUGUUGGGGAGAUCAUUCAGGACUAUGACAGUGACAAGAUGUUCCCCGCUUUGGGCUUUGGAGCCAAACUGCCCCCUGAUGGACGGGUGUCGCAUGAGUUUCCACUGAACGGAGACCUGGAAAAUCCGUACUGCAACGGGAUCGAGGGCAUCUUAGAGGCAUACCACCAGAGUCUGAAGACAGUGCAGCUGUACGGUCCAACUAACUUCGCUCCUGUGGUGAAUCAUGUUGCCAGGUAUGCAGCUGCGGUGCAGGACGGCUCUCAGUACUUUGUGCUCCUCAUCAUCACAGACGGCGUCAUUUCCGACAUGGCCCAGACCAAAGAGGCCAUUGUAAAUGGUGCCAAGCUUCCCAUGUCCAUCAUCAUAGUGGGAGUGGGUCAGGCUGAGUUUGACGCUAUGGUGGAGCUGGAUGGUGAUGACAUCAGGAUCUCGUCCCGGGGGAAACUGGCAGAGAGAGACAUUGUUCAGUUUGUUCCCUUCAGAGAUUAUAUGGACCGAACAGGCAACCAUGUGCUAAGCAUGGCUCGGCUUGCUAAGGACGUGCUAGCAGAGAUCCCAGACCAGUUCAUCUCUUACAUGAAGAGCCGGGGUGUCAAACCCAACCCGGCGCCACCUCCCUACACACCGCCCGGACACACACACCACCACACACAGAUCUGAAACCCUCCUCUCAGCUUUUCUAAAGGGCCUGACAGCAUGCAGAAGCCACUCCAGAGUCCAGUGGGAACUCUCUACCUCCUGUUGUUUGGUGCAAACAGGAGCAACAGGAAAUGGCCAUUGAAGUGUGCUGUAUCCUCCCAGUGACUAUUGGAGCAACAUUUUCUUUUUUCUGGUUUGUUUCUGUGAUAUAUUCAUUUGGAUGAUUUCUCUUAAAGAGAGGCUCAUACUUACCAGGACUCGCUGGUGAAAGCCUUUUAAUCCGACACUGAGGCAGUGACUGUUUCACGUCUAAUUUGACAGCAGGUUGGUUCAAAAAGGUCAUGUUGUGGUUAAAACUUGUGCCUGUAUGUGGUUGUUUCUCUAAUUGUAUCAGGACAUGUGAACUUUGACCUAAGCCUUGCUCGUCAGUCAAUGGUGUGGCCUAACGCAGUGAUAUUUUUUAGGCACCUUUUCCCUUCUGGAAUUAGUUUUUAUAUCUGGGGAUUAUCUCCAUAUCUGCUAAUGCAUCGGUUAUGACGGAGGAAAAACUACAGGUGUGUAGUUUACAGUUUAUUACGUUAUGAUCAUUAAUCAGGCUUUUCAUACCAUGAGGUGUCACCUCUUCUCUUCUUUGUUAGGUAAAUGUUUAUAAGAGCAUGUUGUAUGAGAAGUUAAUUCCCCAUAUCCCAGUAUAUUUAUCCUCCAAUGUUAUUCAGAGCGGCAUGGACAUUUGAUCUGUUUUGAAGUGGUCACCAAUAAUUUAAGUGAUUGCAUAUAACAAGCACAACCUGUCUCUAUACCAAGGACAAGCUUAUGAUAAUGCUACCAAUCAUAUUUAAUUGUUUUGAGUGCUGACAUUCACUGUUUCUGAAAAAAGUACACAAAUCAUUCAUGAAAGUCAAAUAUAUUUGUACUGCAGCUGCAAUUCAACAUAAAAUAUUGAAAAUAUGA